GUAAAGCGUUGUUCAGUGCGCAUAUAUGCCUCUUCCAGGAUUCACACUUUCAGAAGGACAAAGGGCAAAAAGUACCACACCUUCAAUCUUACCUCAGAUUGAAGUAAAGCGUUAGGAGAAUGUUCCGUGAGCACAUGUGCCUCUUCAAGGAGUAACUCUUUCAGGAACCAAAGGUUGAAUUUGUAUCCUACAACAGACCCCAGAGAAGGAGGGAGGAGGAGGAGAAAGAUGGAGGAAGAGCCGAUGGACCGUCCAGCGGAGGAUGUGGUUUUUGACAAAGCAAAGUCUACGUCUGACGGUAAUCCUUUGAAGAUUGCUGAAUCAAUUGAUAUACCUUUAAAUUUCAAAGGUUCAAGGUCUUUAUGCUCUGGUUAUGCAUCUGUGUUUCCUGGAAGCAGUAAAUCAGAAAUUUCUUCUGAUCUCAAAGGAGCAGGACCAGGUUUGAAGCUAUCUGUGUCUGUAUCAUCUUUGUCGUCCGAUAACUCACAAAAUACAGGAAAAAUACUGUGUGACAUCUGCUCAGAGCUCAAGGCAGUGAAGACCUGUGUGACCUGUAGUAUCUCCUACUGUGAGACCCACGUCAGGGACCAUUACAGAGUCCCUAAACUCCAGCUCCACACCCUGGUGGAUGUGGGGAGACGCCAGCAACUCUGCAGCGAACACAACAGGCCCCUGGAGGUGUUCUGCUUGACUGACGAGAUGCUGAUCUGCAGUCUGUGUUCUGCAACACAGCACAGAGGACAUGAAGUCUUUCACAAGACUGGACUGUCUGACGGACAGACUUUUCAUGAGGAGCGACACAAAAGAUUACAUUCAUUUGAUGUGCUGCCCCCUCCUGGAGAGAUCAGCAUCCUGUCAGUGAAGCCAGACUCAGUGACUCUGACCUGGGGACCUCCUGAAGGUCAGGAUGGACCCAAGAUGUUCAGAGUGACCUGGGAGGGUGAUGGAGAACAGAAGAACCUUAAAGUGAAAGACAUGUACAAAGUAGAAAUAACCGGACUCCAAUCUGGUCAGAAGUAUGAGUUCCAAGUUUUCACAGAGGGGGAAAAUGAAAACCUCAGUGACUGGGUUUCUAAAACAGUAACUACAGUGGUUCCUCCUCCUCGAGAAAUUAAAGUGAUGCAAUGUGAAGCCACUCAGCUGCGUCUCCAGUGGUCCAAGGCUCCAGGAAUAGAUCACGUUCCCCAGAGCUUCCUGGUCACCUGUAGCAGCCCAGGGUCCGAGCCUCAGGCAGUACACACCGAAGACAGCUGCAGAACCCUGACCGACCUGCAGCCGGAGACUCAGUACACUGUCGGAGUCUGUACUGUGUUGAGCAACGGGGAACGAAGUGAACAUACUUCUGUGACCAUCUACACUACGGUUCCUGCUCCAGUCAAGCUGACAGUUGUCUCAGUGGACGCCACCUCAGCCACUGUGAGCUGGGAACAGCCAGAUGGAAUGGACCAGACCCAACUCCAGUACCAGGUCUCCUACCAGAGUCCAGGAACAGAUGAACACAUCACCAACACCACCUCCUCACUCAGCAUCACUCUCUCUGACCUGAGACCUGCCUCUGAGUACUCUACGCAGAACAGAAGAAGGACUUGGAGUGUGACUUUGUUAUGGUCAUUGACACUGAAGGACUCAAAGACCCAGAACUGGCCCAGCUUUCAGUAUGAUACAGACACUAAAGACACCUACAUCCCAGGACUCUGGCAUGGGACUCCCCCGAUGGCUACGGUCAGUUCUGGCUACAGUGAGGCUGUGUACAACUUCAAAAAGAAACUGCUGCAAGAUCUCGCAAAAAGCAGGAAGCGGGGAGAUUUGACAGAUUUACAAAAGUCAGUUGACAGUUUGUGGGGCAAGGUUAUCUACGAGAAAUUUCUCUUCACUUUCAAAAACAGCAGAACUGCCGAUGCCUACAAUAAACUGAGGGAUGAGUUCACCAUUUGGGAAUGGUCAUUCGAUACAGAGAUUCAAUCCUGGAUUGUAACUGCUCAAAAUAAAAUCAGGGAUUUCUCCAUGAGUGCUCAACAUUCCCAGAUGUCCCUCAGCAGCAUGCUACAGGACUUGUUGAGGGAAGCAUCCAAGAAGGUUUCCACGACAGAACAGGAAAUCCAAAACAAACUACAGAAGUAUCUUGAAACACAAGAAGCCCAAAACAAUGUUCUAGGAAUACAUAGAGAGGAGUUCAUCACCAGAAGCAAUCGCUUAAGACAAGAAACCGAGGACACUAUGAAAAGCCAACUGCAGAAAGCUGUUAAACUCAAAGAGGGAAAGACUGAAUUACAUGACCUUGAACAAUCACUGGCACAGAAAAUUGACAGGAAGGUUCUUGAUAUGCUGCAAAAAUGCAGAGGGAGUAACACUGAGUCCAGUAAGUCACUUGAAGAAGAAUUUGAAAGUAUGUGGGAACAAUUUAGAUCUCAGAUGCAUUUCAAAACCCCUCAAAGAAAAGACGUUGCUAGUGAAGCCUCCUCUAUGCUGAGAAAAAAUGUAUCUACAAGAGGGAGUCAGGUCAACAAGUUGCUGUUAAAAACCGACAUUAAAACUUGUGGAACACAAGAGUUUGUUCUGAAAUCAGGAAAUAAGUGGAACAAGACCAAGUCAGUAGUGAGGUUCAUGGACAGUGACAGGCUGAGAACAUUACAACAAGACCUUUGUCAAACCAUUAUAAAACAGUGUGAAGAUUUCUUGGAACAAAAGCUAAACAGCAAAUCGAACUACAGUGAUAAAUACAUCAAAGAGCUGCUGGACAUGGUUGAUCAGAGAUUGAGACAAGACAAGACGCUGCAACUCGGUGACCAAUGUGAGACUCUUCUAAAGCUUCACAUCUGUGGCAAAGCAGCCCAAACCCUUCAGAAGAUGAAUGACGACUACAUUGAACAAAACGACCCUCACAAGUAUCUGGAACAAUGUAAGGAGAAGUCUUUCAAAGAAUUCAUAGACUUGUUUCACAAAAAACAGAUUAGGUGUUCCCAAAUGAGUUUGAACAUGGCAAGUAAUGAGAGGGUCAAACACAGCCAAUCCAAAUAAGUCUGACCCUUUGGUUUUGACAGAAUAUAUUUUGCUUGGUACUUCAAUUAUUGAGAUGGCGUGAAUAAAAAUGUAAGGUUCAGUAAAUCAAAAUAUUUUUUCUAAUCUCUCAUUGCAACCACAUUGAUUAUAGGACCGAAAAUAUUGUCUUCAUUGAUCGAUCACAUCACCAGUUAGUUUCCCUUGCCUCUAGAGGUUUUUACAGACUGUUUGACUUAUACUUUGUUUAGUGUGCAUGGUCAUAACCUAUAUCUUUACGUAAUUACACUCUUAUAUAAAAAGAAAUAGAUUUUUAUUUGUUCAGGCGAGGCGCUUGUUUGGGAGAAACUGUUGUGUACAACGCUAUCUAAAAGUUUGUAUCCGCUUGCAUCAAGUUCCUGUAAAGUAACAAAUAGAGAACUACUCGUUUACAUGGCAGUAGUUGUAUUGGUUGAAAGAUGAAUUUGUAAAAAACUAAAGCCAUGGCGAUAUAUCCUUUACUGUUGCAGUUGUGUUAUUCCUCUUGUCUUUUGUACACAGUCCUUUAAAAGC